ACAGCGUUUACCGGUAUUUGCGCGGGAACCUCAAGAGAGCUUUCUCUUCUCCGUCUCCGUCUCCGUCUCCACCUCCACCUCCGUCAGCCCUUCAAACCAGAGCAACAAUGGCGUCUCAAAACCCUAAUCAAACCCCAAUGCAUCCAGAGGUGAUCCAAUCGAGCCCAGACAAUUCGCCUCCAUCCAAUCGAGCCUCGAUUUCGCCUUCACAAAUCGACACGAAAGACCUCGUCGAGAACCUGUUUCCAGACAAACCCGAAACUUCCCACAACAGCCCCAAUCCUAAUGUCCCCUCCGCCCCUUCCGAGUCCGUCGAAGAGGUCAUCCUCACCGUCCCCGGCGCAAUCCUCCACCUGAUCGACAAACAGUACAGCGUCGAGCUCGCUUGCGGCCAUUUAUCGAUCAUUCACCUCCGCCAGGGUGACAAUGUCGUCGCUGUCCUCGCCCGCGUUGCCGACGAGAUCCAAUGGCCGCUGGCUAAAGAUGAGGCUGCGGUUAAACUGGAUGAAUCGCAUUACUUCUUCUCUCUCCGCGCUCCGAAAGUGGACGAUUCAGAUUCAGAUUCGGAUUCGGAUUCGAGCGAUGAUGAGAGCAGCGGAAAGAAGGGAUCAGUGAUUGAUCCGGAUAAUUUGUUGAAUUACGGGCUGACGAUUGCGUCCAAGGGGCAAGAAGGUUUGUUGAAAGAGUUUGAUGAAGUUUUGGAGCAUUACAGUAGCUUUUCAGUACAGAAGGUGUCGGAGAAGGGGAAGAAAUCGGAGGUGUUGGAUGUAACGGUUGUGAAGGAGAUUGCACCGGAGGAUUUGGAGUCGGAGAAGAAGAAGGAGCUGAUGGAGGAGCAGUGUGCUGCGUACUGGACCACAUUGGCGCCGAAUGUGGAGGAUUAUAGUGGGACUGCGGCAAAGCUGAUUGCGACAGGGUCGGGGCAGCUGAUUAAGGGGAUUUUGUGGUGUGGUGAUGUGACUGUUGAUAGAUUGAAAUGGGGCAAUGAGGUUUUGAGGAAGAGGAUCAAACCCAGUUCGAGCUCGGAGAUCAGUCCUGAACUCUUGAAGAGGAUCAAAAGGGUUAAGAGGGUGACAAAAAUGACUCAGAAAGUAGCAACUGGGGUCCUUACUGGGGUUGUGAAGGUUUCGGGAUUCUUCACCCGUUCAGUUGCUAACUCGAAAGUGGGCAACAAGUUCUUUGGCCUCCUGCCAGGGGAAAUUGUUCUUGCGUCCCUGGACGGAUUUAGUAAGGUUUGUGAUGCUGUUGAAGUAGCUGGAAAGAAUGUGAUGUCAACCUCAUCAACCGUGACAACUGGACUUGUCUGUCACAGAUAUGGGGAAGAGGCAGCCAAGGCAACAACUGAAGGACUCGAUGCUGCAGGGUAUGCUGUUGGGGCAGCAUGGGCUGUUUUCAAAAUUCGAAAGGCUUUUGACCCAAAAAGUGUUAUAAAACCUUCCAUCUUGAUCAAGUCUCCUGCUAAAAUUGUGGCUGCUGAGGUGAAAGCGAAAAUUUCCAAGUAAUUUGAUGUGCAUUGUUGAUUUGGUGCAACUUCUGCAGUAGAUAUGCCAUUCGAAUUUUGAACCCCAAUAUUUUUGCCUGCCUCACAUGUUAUACAAAAAGUUUUCCGUAGAUAUUGUUGACUGUAGGUGAAAAUGUUGGUCGGUGACCAAUUUUUUAAUUUUUUAAACAUUUGUUGAUUGUACUGAACGUAAAACAAGGAGAUUGAUGGAGACAAAAAGCUUCUUUUUAUUGGUCAAUUGUUGUAAGCUUAUCAGUCAUAUGGAAAUCGAAUGUUGUCAUCUGUUUUCAGAUGGGGAUUUAAUUGAAAACAAACAA